GGAGUGCGGCCGACUGGCGAGCCCUCCGCGGAGAGGGCUGAGCUCUGCCUUUCGUGGCACUCUGUCAAUAUUAAAUUAAGGCUAAAUUCCCGUACUGAAUGUUAUGUUAACAUGAAGUUACAGCAGAAAGCACGGCGCGCAGAACAGCAAUAUGAGGUGUCAGCGAUCCCACCAGGACCGUGCCCUUCGAAGGUGGACAGCAGCGGGCAGCUCGCAGGCUCUGAAGAGCAGCUGCGCGUCUCCCUGGAUCAGCGCUCCUGGGUCUCCCGGCUGACGGUGCGGCGGGGCUGUGCGUUGCUGGUUCCUGGCUGUCUUACCGCACGGAUCUGGCUCUUCCCGGUGGACAGAUCGGAGGCUUGCUGUGAUGGGGAUGCCCUGAGCCCGCACCCCAGGAGCUUCAGGCCUGGAUGUUGGUGCUGCUCCUCCCAGACGAUGUGGCUGAUACUCUGGAGAAGCCCUCUCUUGCCCCCUGUUCUCCAAGUGCCUGAGCUGGUGGCCGGCUGGGACCUGCGUCUCGCCCUCUGGGUCCUGAGCUUUGCCUCGGCGAUCGUGCGCAUGGAGGGCCAGGUCUACUCGCCGACGGUCAACACUCACUACGGGAAGUUACGGGGGGUGCGUGUGCCGCUGCCCAGCGAGAUUCUGGGGCCGGUGGACCAGUACUUGGGGGUGCCCUACGCCGCACCCCCGGUUGGGGAGAAGAGGUUCAUGCCCCCCGAGCCACCGCCGUCCUGGUCGGGCAUCAGGAACGCCACCCACUUCUCGCCGGUCUGCCCCCAGAACAUCCACAACGCCGUUCCCGAGAUCAUGCUGCCCAUCUGGUUUACCUCCAAUUUGGAUAUCGUGGCCACCUACAUCCAGGACCCCAACGAGGACUGCCUGUACCUCAACAUCUACAUCCCCACGGAGGAUGUAAAACGGAUUUCCAAGGAAUGCACCCGAAAGCCCAACAAGAAAAUAUGUAGGAAAGGAGGAGCCAGCGCUAAGAAACAGGGCGAGGACUUAGCGGAUAAUGACGGGGAUGAAGACGAAGACAUCCGGGACAGCGGCGCCAAGCCCGUCAUGGUCUACAUCCACGGCGGCUCCUACAUGGAGGGCACCGGCAACAUGAUAGACGGCAGCGUGCUGGCCAGCUACGGGAACGUCAUCGUCAUCACCCUCAACUACCGCGUGGGAGUGCUCGGGUUCCUGAGCACCGGCGACCAGGCCGCCAAGGGCAACUACGGGCUGCUGGACCAGAUACAGGCGCUGCGCUGGGUCAGCGAGAACAUCGCCUUCUUCGGCGGGGACCCCCUGCGCAUCACCGUCUUCGGCUCCGGCAUCGGCGCCUCCUGCGUCAGCCUGCUCACCCUCUCCCACCACUCGGAAGGUCUCUUCCAGAGAGCCAUCAUCCAGAGCGGCUCGGCACUGUCCAGCUGGGCAGUGAACUACCAACCCGUGAAGUACACGAGCAUGCUGGCCGACAAGGUGGGCUGCAACGUGCUGGACACGGUGGACAUGGUGGACUGCCUGCGGCAGAAGAGCGCCAAGGAGCUGGUGGAGCAAGACAUCCAGCCGGCCCGCUACCACGUGGCCUUUGGGCCGGUCAUUGACGGCGACGUGAUCCCAGACGACCCGGAGAUCCUCAUGGAGCAGGGCGAGUUCCUCAAUUACGAUAUUAUGCUGGGCGUCAACCAGGGCGAGGGCCUGAAGUUCGUGGAGGGCGUGGUGGACCCCGAGGACGGUGUCUCGGGCAGCGACUUUGACUACUCGGUGUCCAACUUUGUAGACAACCUGUAUGGCUACCCUGAGGGCAAGGACACCUUGCGGGAGACCAUCAAGUUCAUGUACACGGACUGGGCCGACAGGGACAACCCCGAGACACGCCGCAAGACCCUGGUGGCCCUUUUCACCGACCACCAGUGGGUAGAGCCAUCCGUGGUGACGGCUGACCUGCAUGCCCGCUACGGCUCCCCCACCUACUUCUACGCCUUCUACCACCACUGCCAGAGCCUGAUGAAGCCUGCGUGGUCCGACGCGGCCCACGGGGAUGAGGUGCCUUACGUGUUCGGGAUCCCCAUGAUCGGCCCCACAGACCUCUUUCCCUGCAACUUCUCCAAGAACGACGUCAUGCUCAGCGCCGUGGUGAUGACCUACUGGACCAACUUCGCCAAGACGGGGGACCCCAACAAGCCCGUCCCCCAGGACACCAAGUUCAUCCACACCAAGGCCAACCGCUUUGAGGAGGUGGCCUGGUCCAAGUACAACCCCCGUGACCAGCUGUACCUGCACAUCGGGCUGAAGCCGCGGGUGCGCGACCACUACCGGGCCACCAAGGUGGCCUUCUGGAAGCACCUGGUGCCCCACCUGUACAACCUGCACGACAUGUUCCACUACACCUCCACCACCACCAAAGUGCCGCCUCCCGACACCACGCAGAACUCCCACAUCACCCGCCGGCCCAACGGCAAGAUCUGGACCACCAAGCGCCCCGCCAUCUCGCCCGCCUACAACAGCGAGAAUGGCAAGGAGAAGUGGAGCCCGGAGCAGGAGGCGGGCACGCUGCUGGAGAACCCGCGCGACUACUCCACCGAGCUCAGCGUCACCAUCGCCGUGGGCGCCUCCCUCCUCUUCCUCAACGUGCUGGCCUUCGCCGCGCUCUACUACCGCAAGGACAAGCGCCGGCAGGACACGCACCGGCAGCCCAGCCCUCAGCGCGGCGCCGCCAACGACAUCGCCCACGCGCCCGACGAGGAGGUGCCGUCGCUGCAGGCGAGCCAGGCGCACCGCGAGUGCGAGGCCGUGCCGCCCCACGACGCCCUGCGCCUCGCCGCCCUGCCCGACUACACGCUGACGCUGCGCCGCUCGCCGGACGACAUCCCGCUCAUGACGCCCAACACCAUCACCAUGAUCCCCAACUCCCUGGUGGGGCUGCAGACCCUGCACCCCUACAACACCUUCGCCGCCGGCUUCAACAGCACGGGGCUCCCGCACUCGCACUCCACCACCCGGGUAUAGCCGCCCGGCGGCCCGCGCACGCACGCCCGCGCACGCCCCCCCCGCACGCGCACGCACGCACGCACUGGCAGAGGGACCGGCGGGCUGCGGGAGCCCCCGGACAGCGCGACGGAGCGGCCCCCAGCCCGGACCCGCGGGGCCUCGCUCCCCUUCCCCGGCUCUUUCCUUUCCUUCGUUUCUAACUUUCGGGAAGUGCUUUGACUCUCCGGCAGCGCCGGCCGAGGACCGGUGGCUGCGCGGCUCCUUGCGCCGGGGGGGGACGCGGGAGCAGCGGCGCCGGGCAUCGCCGCGGGCUGGGGGGAUGCUCAGCACCCGGCGUGCCGCGGGAAAGGCUCCUCCGCGCCGCGCCCCAGGGUUUGGGGCUGGUCCCGGGGCCUUGGGCCGGGCACCGCCGGGCCCCGGCGCAGCCAGCCGGCCCCGCGCCGGGGGGGGCUCGGCCCCUCCGCCCCCCCCCCUCUUUGCGCUGCAGAGAAAUCUCUUUUGUGUCGGUCGUUUCUCUUUGCAGAGACGUUUUUUAAGCAGAUCUUUAGUUCUUUACACACUAACGGAGUCGCCGCGUUUUGUCCUUUGUAAAGAUUUUAAACCAAGUGUUCUUGAUAUAAAAUAAAAAGCCAGUUCGAACCCCAGCGUGUGUGCGCGGCGCCCCGGCACGGCACGGCCCCGCGCCCGCCACCGCCGCCCCCGGCCGGGCCCGGCCCCCCCCGGCCCCGCUCUUUUGUACUUUUGAUAUUCUCCCUCCUCCGGCGCCCGCGGAGCUCGGCCACGCGGCCCGCUCGGCCGUCGGGGAGCGCAUCCCGCCCGGCAUCCCGCCCUGGCAUCCUCCCCGGGGCUCGGCCUCCUCUUCCUCCUCCUCGUGCCCCGCCGGGCGCUUGGCCCCGACGCCGGGCGCUUGGCCCCGACGCCGGGCGGCAGAGCGGGUGGCCGCGGGCUGGCAGCGGGCUCACGCUCUACCUCCGGCCCCUGCGCCCGGGCGCUGCCGCGGAGCAGCAUCCCGGCGGGCGCGUUCCCGCGCGCCGAUCGGAGAAUGUAUUUAUACCCUGUCACCCGCGCAGAGUAACCAAUUCCAAAUAAAACAGAAGUGAUAUUUUUAA